CAUGUCCAAAAUACUGAAAUGUGCAGGAAACGAAGACAUCAUAACUCUCCGAGCAGAAGACAAUGCGGAUACAUUGGCUCUAGUGUUUGAAGCACCAAAUCAGGAAAAGGUUUCUGAUUAUGAGAUGAAGCUGAUGGACCUCGACGUGGAGCAGCUUGGAAUUCCAGAACAAGAAUACAGCUGUGUAGUGAAAAUGCCUUCUGCUGAAUUCGCACGCAUCUGUAGGGACCUCAGCCACAUCGGCGAUGCGGUUGUCAUCUCCUGUGCGAAAGACGGUGUGAAAUUUUCAGCUAAUGGAGAGCUGGGAAAUGGAAACAUCAAGCUGUCGCAGACCAGUAACGUGGAUAAAGAGGAGGAAGCUGUGACAAUAGAGAUGAACGAGCCAGUCCAGUUGACCUUCGCUCUGCGGUACUUGAACUUCUUUACCAAAGCCACUCCCCUGUCGCCUACGGUGACACUCAGCAUGUCCGCAGACGUUCCUCUUGUUGUGGAGUACAAGAUUGCUGACAUGGGACACUUAAAAUACUACCUGGCUCCAAAGAUUGAAGACCAACAAGAAGGCUCUUAAUGGGAGUAGGACUGAGGGGGAGAUGUGGUCAGCUUUUUGGAAGGCACAACUGAAUUGGAGAAGGAAAUGGUGUUUUUAGCAAUUUCAGUGCUUUGGGGCAUCAUAUGAGCACUGUUAGGCGUGAUGUGUAGAUAUCUUUGUAAAUAUUAUUCAACUUACUAUUUUGCUAUACUGGUGUCAUUUGAAAUAGGAAAUUGUUUUUCUAGUCUAUUCCUGUACUUCCAGUAAUCUCUUAGAUGCUCUCUGAAGGUGAAAUGUCUUACUCUU